AUGGAGCUUCCAACACAAGAUGGAUCCUCUAUAAAACAUAAGCGGAAUCGCACAGCGCAGUCUUGUGUCCAGUGUCGGCUGCGCAAAGUUCGCUGUGACCGAAAGCUUCCAUGUGCUCCUUGCUUGCGAUCCAGGAGCUCGUUAUCAUGCUCCUACGAUAAGCGGAAUACGUCAAAAGAGCCCAGGCCAGUUGUUCAGAAUAUUCAGUCAGUCGCUAGACAAGGGACGCCUUUCUCGUUGUCAAGCAAUGAUGGGACGGGCGAAGACGCUGCAGUCGUCGCCAUUGAGCCCGGAGCAACCGCGCAAGGCGAUAGAUUAAUUGAGGAUCUUCAACGACGAGUUCGGCAGUUGGAAGAAAUAGUCUUAAAAACUACAGAUACCGCGAAAAAUUCGGGUUCAGUAGGGCUGUCUGUAGAGGCACACAUGCCCCGGGAGCAACCUCUCGAGGCUCCUACACCGCGUCUGCGAAAUGCUUGGAGCAAGACCAAAAUAUUCGGGCCAAAUAAUUGGCUCCAAACUGCAGAACAGUUUCAAGUCCUUGGAGAGUUCAUCGCCUCGGAUCUGCCGUUCGCAGAACGAUUCAAAGAUAGAGCUGAUCUGCUCAAUACUCUCAGGGAGUGCAUCAGCCUAAGGCGGUCAUUCAAAAAGCAGGUUUUCAAUGAAGCUGCUCUUCCGCCCACCGAUAUAUCUAGCACUUUCCCCCAAAAGCCUGUAUGCGAUGAGCUUGUUCAAAACGGAGUAUAUAUCUUCUGGGAAGACCCACAACUAAUUCCGGAUCAUUUCAAGAUCAAGUUAGCAUUGGUAUUAGCUAUCGGUUCGGCUUUCUAUUCGAUCCAGGAUGAUUUGACCUGUUAUCAGAGCACGGUGCAGAACUGGGUGCAUGCAGGGCAGUUGUGGCUGGUUGGACCGUCGAGUCAUGCAGAUUUUACCAACGAUGGGCUACAAAUCGGUUGUCUUCUGAUUUUGUCUCGAUUGACUGGUCCUGCUAGUACUCCGACGUGGAUAUCAACAGCUUCGCUGUUACAGAUGGGCUUGAUGAUGGGAUUACACCGGGAUUCCUCGCUCUUUCCUUCGCUGACGCCCUUUCAAGUGGAGACGAGGAAUCGUCUAUGGGCUACUAUCAUUGAAUUGAGUGUUCAAGCAUUGUUGGAUUCCGGUGUACCGCUACCUCUUUCGCUGGAUGAAUUCGACAGUAGGGGCCCAAGCAAUAUCAACGACCAUGAUAUCUCUCCAGAGAGCAAUACGGAAGUUCAACCAAAAGGAGAACAUAUAUUCACCGAUUCCUCGAUUCAGAUAUUGCUAAGAAAAUCUAUCAAUAUGAGACUUGAAGUUGCCCGCUUACUGAAUGAUCCAUUGCGCAAGAAUCUUACAUUUGACAGAGCUAUGAAACUAGGACAGGAACUGCGUGCCGCAUGUCGCGAAAUAUCAGCAUUUUUCCAAUUGCAUACCUCCACACCACAAAGCUCGGCCAGUGGCCAAAUGGAGUUUCAUCGCAAACUGCUGGAUAUGUACCUGCAUCGGUAUAUCUUUUUUCUCUAUCGUCCAUUCAUGAUCGAGGCUCGUAAGAAUCUUCGAUACUAUGUUGCGCGCAAGAUGUGCGUUGAAUCUUGUCUAAUUAUUGCAUCUCAUUGUGAGGAUGCUCCAGACCCUUCCCUAGAGAUGGGUAAUUACAUACGCCUACUAAAUUGUGUCGGUUCUGGAACGUUCAAAGGGCCAUUGUGUAUGGAUGUCAUUGCAGUAUUGGGCCUUGAACUAGUGAUGCAAGUUGAAGAGGAUACUUCGCUCCGAUCGAUGAGUUCGCGUCAUACGGCAGCAAUUGAUCCUCUGAGCGAAAUGAACAAGGCUAAUCGAGCACCGCUAAUUCGGUGCUUGGACCGCAUAAAAAAUCAACUAGAGCAGAUCAUUGUCGCUGGAAGGGUAUCCCUCAAGCGUGUCAUUUUUCUUGUGGGGCUACUCUCCUUGGUUCGUGCUAUUGAUUGUGGUUUACCGAUUCAGCAGACCAUUUUUGGGGACAUAAUGACGGCGCUGAGGGAGUACUAUUCUUAUCUUAGUGGACAGUCUUCAGAUCAAAGUCUACCGGAACCUGUGGGUGACAUGGCGAGUGAUCCUGACAAGACGCCUGACCUUUCCACAUUCUUUGCUACUGAUGACUGGGAUCCUUCUAGCAUUGUAUUCCCAGAUUUGUUCAGCCUCCUAGAACCUUCGAGCGCGAGGUGGUAAGGAUAGCAUCCUCAGCAAGCGGAAAACUAAGAUACAGCCUUGACUUGUAAGAAAUAGUAAGCUUAUAACUACAGUACCUAACUUAA